GGGGGCAGUCAUGGUUGCCAACAGGAAUGCAUCAAUACACAUGGUUCUUACAAAUGCAAAUGUUUAGCUGGUUUUGAAAUCGAUCACCUCAAUCCCAAGAAUUGUAAACCACUCCGGUGCUUUCCAGAAUGCUACCCAGGCCGAGGAAGGUGCUUAAAUGGAAAAUGUGAAUGCUUUAGAGGGUUCACAGGUUCAUACUGUGAACAAGACAUUGAUGAAUGCAUACGAGGAACACAUGAUUGCGAUCAUAUAUGCGUUAACACUCUGGGUUCAUACAGAUGUGAGUGUAAACAGAAUUAUACUCUAGAUCAGACUUCUAUGAAAAAAUGCCUAAAGAAAGAAUGCUAUCCUAAAUGUGUGAAUAAUCAAGGCAGCUGCAACCACGAAGGCUUUUGCAUAUGUGAAUUGGGAUUUGUUGGUAUUAGUUGUGAGUUAGAUAUUAAUGAAUGCAUUGAAGGAACUCAUAAUUGCGAGCAAAUUUGCACCAAUACAGAUGGAUCUUUCCUAUGCUCAUGUGAACCUGGAUUUAAAAUAAGCCCAUUUGACUCUUCAAAGUGCCUCCCAGUAGAAUGUCAUCCCCCUUGUGUGACAGGUCAGGGUAGCUGUGAUAACUCUGGCAAAUGUAUAUGCACGACAGGAUUCUUCGGACCCUCCUGUGAGAUUUCAGGGAAUGUCUGCAAAACAAAUCGGCCUUGUGAUCAAGAGUGUCGAAACUUGGGAGGAGGUCAGUUUGAAUGUAAUUGCUGGCCAGGUUUCGAAAUGGUGUCUGGUUCAUCAACGAAAUGUAGGAAAAAGUGUUCUCCCGGAGUCAACUGCAUUUAUGGGACAUGCACUGAGAGUGCUGUGAAUAUGAGCGAUUGCGUUUGCAAUCCAGGUUAUGAAGGCGAAAAAUGUGACCUCGACAUUGACGAAUGUGAAGGUGACCACGGUUGUCUACAGAUCUGUCGUAAUUCACCUGGUUCUUACAGUUGCGAGUGUCGACCAGGUUUUAUUCUAGAAGCAGACGGGCGUAUGUGUUCACAGGAGGGAAGCGCUAUUGGGUGUGACGGAGGAUGUCUUAAUGGAGGGCACUGUCUGCGUAAUUACACAUGCAUCUGUCUACCUGGAUAUCGUGGCCAACGGUGUGAAGAGCGUAUUGACUUAUGCAGCGAGCAAAAACCAUGUGAACAUGAGUGCUAUAACCUGGCGGUAAGUCAAAAUUUUUUUUUAAAGUAG